AUGUCCAUGGCUGCUGCUCCCCAAGAGACCGUGGUCGAUAACGAGAUGUCAUCCCGCCUCUUCGCAGGGCACGCCACGCUCCCGUAUCGAAUCCUGCAUUUCGUAUCGCACUUCUUCUACACCAAAUGUUCUGGGGAAGCGAUUGCCCACAGCCAGAGAAUCCCCCUCCCCCUGGCCGUGAGCCAAAGCGAAACUUGUCAGCUCGCGGGUGAAGGCCCGAAUGGCCCCGGCUGCUGGUUGGCCCUUGUGAAGCCCCGACCCAGAUCGAGGCGUCCGCCACCGCCCCCAGAAGCGUGUUGGCGGCUGCAUGGCCCGCGACCCCUGUCUGUUCCUCUCAGUGGCCCGUCGUCCAGAAUCCUCAAAGAUGUGCCGUGGAAGAAGUGCGCCUGA